GAGGAACCUGACCAAGCUGUCUCUGAUCUUCAGCCACAUGCUGGCUGAAAUAAAAGCCAUCUUCCCUGGAGGACAGUUCCAGGGGGACACGUUCCGGAUCACCAAAGCUGAUGCUGCGGACUUCUGGAGGAAUUUCUUUGGAGAAAGGACAAUAGUGCCUUGGAAGGUCUUCCGUCAGUGCCUCCAUGAAGUACAUCCCAUCAGCUCGGGUCUGGAGGCCAUGGCCCUCAAAUCCACCAUCGACCUCACCUGCAACGACUACAUCUCUGUCUUUGAGUUUGACAUUUUCACACGCCUCUUCCAGGAGACAUCUUCGCCGUUGGGAAAGCCAUGGGGAUCAAUUCUGAGAAACUGGAACUUCCUGGCAGUGACGCACCCCGGCUACAUGGCUUUCCUUACCUAUGAUGAAGUUAAAGCCAGACUGCACAAGUACAUCAACAAGCCUGGCAGGUAUGGUGACU